GACUAGAAGGCCCUCAUAUGAGCUCAACCCCAUUGCCUGGUUUCUCUUUUUAAAUUUGCCACUCAUUUGAUACAUAGCUAACCUCACUAGGUAUCUGGCUAGCUUCUCAUAGCCAUUACAGGUUGCCACGUUUGACCAGGCCUCGGGUUUGAACGCCAGCAUUAAGAAAAUUGCAAGAUUGACCACGAUUGACUGUCUUCGCCAUGUCGGGCUGGGAUAACAACGAUGGCAUGAGAGCCGCUCUUGCGGAUGUGAGCAACGGCACCCAACCUGCGAAUGGGGCGAUCGUGCAUCGAGACGCUCCUAGUGGGAAUUGGGGCGAGAAAACCCAGAAUGACUACAAGGAGGGUAACGAGAAUGUUACCUGGGAAAGCAAUAUGAGAGUCUAUGAAUGGGACGGGGAAGAGGGAGAUGUCGGUCCCGAAUAUCCAGAGCUUGAGUUCACGCUCUUUGGAGAUCCUGAGACGCGUGAUCCGCAAGGCAUCGAUUUCAACGUAAUUGACAGAAUCAAUGUCAUCCAAGAGGGCAUUGCUCGAAUUCAGCCGAUCAAUUCGUUCAAGGAUGCUGGUUUGCACCCAAUAAUGCUUCGAAAUGUCGAGCUAGCUGGUUACAGAACUCCAACUCCAAUUCAACGAUAUUGUAUUCCAGCCAUUAGAAUGGGUUAUGACUUGCUUGCAAUUGCCCAAACUGGUUCGGGUAAAACAGCCGCUUACCUAGUACCCAUCAUCAAUCAUCUUAUGGGUAAAGCGAAGAAGAUUGCUGCACCUCGUCCUCACCCAGAUGAUGCAGCCGCUGGCACUCGUACCCGUGCGGAGCCUCUGCUCGUCGUCGUUGCACCCGCCCGCGAACUGGCAAUCCAGAUUUUCGCCGAGGCUUGCAAGUUCUGUUACCGCACCAUGCUGCGCCCAUGUACCAUCUAUGGAGGAGGUCCCUUACGUGAUCAAAUCGCAAACCUCCAGCGUGGAUGUGAUGUUCUCGUUGCAUCUCCCGGCCGUCUCAUUGACCUGAUGGAACGAGGCGACGUGUUAUCCCUUCGCAGAGUCAAGUAUAUGGUCAUUGAUGAGGCCGACGAGUUGCUGCAAGCUGACUGGGAGGAUGAGUUCAACAAAAUUCUCGGCGGUGGAGAGCAGGAGGAGGGUAACGUGAAAUAUAUGCUUUUCUCUGCGACGUUCCCCACUGCGGUUCGACAGCUCGCUAAGACGCAUCUCGCUGAGACUUACGUGCGUAUCAAAGUCGGGCGCGUUGGAAGUACGCAUGAAAAUAUCAAACAAGAUGUCGUAUAUGUGGAGUCAUCCGUGAAAAAGCAAGCGCUCCUAGAUCUUCUAUAUACGCUGAAGCCGGCAAGGACUAUCAUCUUCGUGAACAGCAAAAGGAUGGCGGAUGAGCUCGACGACUUCUUGUUCAACAAGGACCUUCCUUGUACUUCCAUGCACUCUGACCGUACUCAAAGAGAGCGCGAAGAUGCUAUGAGAGCAUUCAGAUCUGGGAAGACGCCUCUGUUCAUUACUACUGGCGUCACUGCUCGUGGCAUUGACGUUCGCAACGUGAUGCAUGUCAUCAAUUUUGACCUUCCAAGCAUGGAACAUGGCGGGAUUCAAGAGUACAUUCACCGCAUUGGGCGAACGGGACGAAUUGGCCACCACGGCCUGGCUACCUCGUUUUACUCUGAACGGGAUGAGCCAAUCGCACCCCUUCUCACGAUGACACUCAUGGAGACCAACCAAGCGAUUCCAGACUUCCUUCAGCAAUAUAAACCCGAGGGCGACAAUGCUUCGAAGCUGAAGUUUGAGUAUGAUACUGACGAAGAAGACCCAGGCGAGGGUGGUGAAGGUUGGGCUGCCGGUGGUGGCGAUACUGGCGAUGCUGGUGGAGAUGGCUGGGGCGCAGGUGGUGACUCCGCUACCCCGAAUGGCAAUAACGGCGGCGGUAAUACAGAUGGAUGGGGUGCAUCUACUAAUGGUAAUGGUGGUAAUGCCGGCGGGAAUGCGAAUGGCGCUUCAGACUGGUAGUAAACCUCUCAUUCCGCGUUAUUUCUUGUUUGACGUU